GCACGCUGCAGGUAGAAACUAGCGAGUGAAGCGUGAGGGUAGCGCUCGCUAAAACUUCACACGAUCCUCUUCCUCCAGAUGAGGAGUCACCGACCUUCUAAAAGUCCUCCCUGCACAGGUGUGUCAGACUUGGUGGAAGAGCAGGACCCUGUAGCUUCAGACAGCAUGUCUGAUGGGGAGGUGCUGCCCCCAUCGGUCCCCUUUGCAAGGGGCUGUAAAGCCAGAGCAAGUCUACCCGUGGGUCGCUCAAGCAGUGAGACAAGAGAGAGAUCGCUUGGUGUGCUGUACCUGCAGUAUGGGGAGGAGACGAAGCAGGUCAGGAUGCCUGCUGAAAUCAGCACUCAAGACACUCUGCGGGCUCUGUUUGUCGCUGCCUUCCCCCAUCAGCUCACCUUAAAGAUGCUGCAAUCUCCCAACAUGGCCAUCUACAUUAAAGACACAUGUCGCAAUGUCUACUACAACAUGGAGGACGUCAGAAACAUCACACCACAAUCAUUUCUGAAGGCUUAUCAUAAAGACCCAGCACAUGUGUUCAAUCGCUAUGGCAGACCUACAAACACAGAGGGAAGGGUGAGUGAGCCCAAAGUCUACUUCAUGGCUUUCUUUUUCUUUGUUUUCUUUAGUUUUCUUGGUGUUGUUUUAAUCCUGUAGUGCUGAUGCAGAUUGACUGCUUUCAACUGUGUUUCAGUCACGAACGAUAAUGUUUCAAUGUGACCAUAAGGAAUGCAAUGUCUUACAUGCAGUUUUAUAAAGGGAACAUUUUGUUUUGUUUAAUAAUGCAACGUUACAAACCGUAUGAAACAGUCUGACAUAGCAAACUAAUCCAGCUUCUUGGAAACACUACUAUGCCCAAAAUAUUCUGACUGCUCACAGAUAAAGUGAAUAUCUCUUUUUAUUUUCCAAACACGUUAAGCUGAGCUGGAAUAUUUUUGCCCCUCAAU